AUGACCGUAGAAGCAACCUCACCAAUUGACGACAUUGAACAACAACGUCCCGUUUACGAGCCAGAAUAUCAAGAAGCUUACACCAACUCAGCAUUCAAGAACCACUUGAUCGCUUUCCUCGGUGAGUUCUUUGGUACCUUUAUCUUUUUGUGGGUUGCUUUCGUGAUUGCUCAAAUUGCUAACCAGGAUCCAACCAUUCCAAAACCAGGCGGUGGUUCCGACCCAAUGCAAUUGAUUAUGAUUUCGUUUGGGUUUGGUUUUGGUGUCAUGAUGGGUGUUUUCAUGUUUUUCAGAGUGUCUGGUGGUAACUUGAACCCAGCUGUCACAUUGACUUUGGUUUUGGCACAGGCUGUCGAUCCAAUCAGAGGAGUUGUUAUGAUGAUUGCUCAAAUGAUUGCUGGUAUGGCUGCAGCCGGUGCUGCUUCAGCUAUGACCCCUGGUCCGGUUGCGUUUGCCAAUGCCUUGGGUGGUGGGGCUUCAAGAUCAAGAGGUGUUUUUCUUGAAGCUUUUGGUACUUUUAUCUUGUGUUUUACCGUCUUGAUGAUGGCUGUUGAGAAAUCAAGGGCUACUUUCAUGGCGCCAUUUGUCAUUGGUAUUUCAUUGUUUUUGGGCCACUUGAUUUGUGUUUACUACACUGGUGCCGGAUUGAACCCAGCUAGAUCAUUUGGUCCUUGUAUUGCAAAGAGAUCUUUCCCAGACUACCACUGGAUCUACUGGGUUGGUCCAAUCUUGGGUGCAGUUUUGGCUUGGGGUGUGUGGAGAUUAUUCACCUUUUUGGGAUACAAGUCUUGUAACCCAGGUCAAGACAGCGACGAGUAG